UUAUGAACUUUUUCGUGGUUCUUGCACAGUCAUUACAGCCGCGGAGCCAAAAAACAACUUUGAAGGUCCUUGCACUGCUAAAGCAGCCGUGGAGCCCUUAUUCCUGGAGAAUAAACCAAGGCCUGAUUCUGUGGUCAUUGCACUGUGCAUAGCUGUUGAGCCACUUACUAUUGGGGGGAGUGGGUGGAAUGAAUGA